GCGAGGUGCAGGUGAGGCAGUCCACGUCCUUACCUGUAACCAAAGGAGAAAAAAAAACGAAAAAAUGGGAGCGACAGCAUGGACACAGUUUCAAGGAAACCCGCUUCUAGGUCGACCUCAGAGCUGGCUGGACAAGAGAAUAUGAUCCAUCCACGAGUCUGAUAAAACACAGCGUUGCUGCCAAACAAAGUGCACAGAGCUUACACGUUAAAUAAGCUACCCAACCCAGUGACCAAAAGGAACUGGUCUUCUUGACAUCCUCAGCUAUGGCGAGCCAAGGUCCUGUCAACCCUUCACAUGCUACGUUUGACCUCUUUGUCCAAGCCCAGACCUGUAAGGAUGUAAAGCACCAUUUCACUCAGCUCUGCAGGCAGCUGGAGAUCGAUCCGGAGGAUUUCGGGAGCUUCUACGCAAAGUUAAAAGAAAGACUGAACUACUGGAAGGCCAAAGCUUUGUGGACCAAGCUUGAUAAAAGAGCUUCUCAUGAAGAUUAUCAGCAAGGAAAGGUCUGCACUAAAAACAAGUGCCUCGUGCUGGGUGCUGGUCCAUGUGGCCUGAGAGUGGCCAUUGAACUGUCCCUGCUGGGGGCUCAGGUGGUGUUGCUGGAGAAGCGGGAGACAUUCUCCAGAAACAAUGUUCUCCAUCUGUGGCCCUACACCAUCUAUGACCUCCGCGAGCUCGGAGCCAAAAAGUUCUAUGGCAAAUUCUGCUCUGGCUCUCUGGAUCACAUCAGCAUCCGUCAGCUGCAGUUGAUUCUAUUGAAGGUGGCACUCCUCCUCGGGGUAGAGGUGCACACUGGAGUGGAGUUCCAGGGUUUGAUUGAGCCCUCAGGAGAAAAUGGUUGGAUGGCAAAACUGCAGCCCCGGUCUCAUCCUGCCGCAGCCUUCCAGUUUGAUGUCUUCAUCUCUGCUGGGGGAGGCAGGUUUGUCCCUGAUGGGUUCAAGCACAAAGAGCUGCGAGGAAAACUGGCGAUCGGCAUCACGGCCAAUUUCAUCAACAGACACACAGCUGCUGAGACCCAAGUAGAGGAGAUCAGUGGUGUAGCCCGCAUCUAUAACCAGAAGUUUUUCCAAGAGCUACUCAAUGAGACUGGUAUUGAUUUGGAGAAUAUUGUCUACUACAAAGACGACACCCACUACUUUGUCAUGACUGCCAAAAAGAAGAGCUUGUUAAAGAAAGGGGUCAUUAAACAGGAUCAUAAUGAUGCAGAACAGCUGCUGGCCCCUGCAAAUGUGGAUUACGAGGCUUUGUGCAACUAUGCGUGUGAUGCUGCCGACUUCUCCACUGGCGGCCGACUGCCUGACCUCCAGUUUGCUCAGAAUCACGCCGGCCAGCGGGAUGUGGCGAUGUUCGACUUCACCUGCAUGCACCGUGCUGAGAAUGCCUCGCUGGUCAAGGAGAGGAGAGGGAAGAAGUUGUUAAUUGGUCUUGUUGGAGACUGCCUAGUGGAGCCUUUCUGGCCUCUGGGUACAGGCAUCGCUCGUGGGUUCUUUGCUGCUUUCGAUGCAGCAUGGAUGGUCAGGAGCUGGGGUAAUGGGGUCCCACAUCUCAAAGUCCUGGCUGAGCGUGAAAGCCUCUACCAGCUCCUGUCCCAAACAACACCAGAGAACACCAGCAAAAAGUAUGCUGCUUACAGCAUCGACCCCAGAACACGGUACCAAAGAGUUAACUUGUCCUCCAUCCAGACCCAUCAGGUGCAGCACCUGUACGAUGUUGAAAAAACUCAUCCGUCGUUCAAGAAACAAAAGGAGAGUUCACUUCACAUGCGUCAAGAUUCAGCUGGCGGUUCUGAGGAGCUAUUGAAAUGGUGUCAGAAACACACUGCUGGUUAUAAAAAUGUGAAUGUAAAAGACUUUACACGGUCCUGGAGGUCCGGUUUGGCUCUGUGUGCUCUGAUCCACCACUUCAGACCUGACCUCAUUGAUAUGUCCUCCCUGGAUGAGUCUAAUUGUGUUCACAACAACCAACUGGCCUUCAGUAUCCUGGAGAAGGAGCUGGGCAUCCCCCCUGUCAUGUCUCCCAACAGCCUGGCUAACACUGAUCACAUAGACAAGUUGACCAUGGUUCUUUACCUCACCCAGAUCCAAAGCGGUUUCGCUUUACCAAAAAAAGAGCCCACAGGCUUCCAGCCAUCGUCCAAGUCUCUGUCUUUCUCCCGGACACAGUCAGCUGUCUUUUUCCUGAGCAAGCUGAAGCACAACUCUCUGCAAAGACGUAAGGAAAAGCUGGCAGCUAACAAACAAGCCACUGGAACAGCGACAAGAAUGGGAGAUGAGGACAGUACAUUAGCAUCUCCCGUCUCCUCUGAGCUCGAUCCUGUCGCCGAGGUGGCUCCUGAGCCGGAUACUCCUGCGCUGAUGACAAACAGUGAGGAGUGUUACUUCUGUGGUGAAAGGGUUUAUCUGCUGGAGCGAAUCAGUGCUGAGGGAAAGUUCUUCCAUCGGACCUGCUUCACCUGCGCUCGAUGCAACAUCACACUUAGGCUAGGAGGAUACACCUUUGACCAAGAUACAGGGAAAUUUUACUGUGAGCUACACUCUGAAGAGCUGGCAAAUGGGCCUGCAACAUCUUGUGAGGAAAGCAAAGGAACUCAGAGAGAGACAGAAGAAGGAAACGGAGUUUCCAGUGAUGAAUAUACUCCAUCGCCGUCAGAUGAGGAGUAUGAAAACACCCUGGACUGUGGUCCUCCUACUCACACACAAUCACAAACAUCUGAAGAAAAGGACCACCGCAUAUAUGAGUCAAAAGAAGACUCCCAAGAACCACUUGUAUCAAAAACUCCCAUAGACCAUCCACCUAAAUCUGAGGUAGCAGCAGCCAUUAAAGAGGCGGAGGAGACAAAAAAAAUGACUCCGUGUCCAGUUCCAAAGCCCCGUCGCUCUCGGCAGACUACUCCCAGCCAUCAGCCCUCUCCCCCAGUAGCAAAGCCUCGCACAGUCCACCUCAUCAGCCUCACCGUCCCAGAAGAACCUUCAUCUCCGACUCCCACAGAGGAGGGCUCUAAAGCAAGACCAGACUCCCGUCCUAAACAGUCACUGCGGAAGCUUCAGUUGACCGCUGAGGAAAAAACCCAGCUGGUGAAUCUUCACAGCUUCAGCGCAGACUCGGAUUCAGAAACCCAUGGCGGAUCCUCCUCCUGCUCCUCUUCCUCAGCUAAUGCAGGGCCUCCUAAAACAGAGGGCCUGGAUGGGCAAGAAGAGGAGGGCUACUGGAGUGGGAGCACUGCUGGGCAAAUGCGGGAGAAGAGGAAUCGACGCUGCUUCAGAAGAAAAGAGAUGCCAAGUGGGCAGGCCAGAGUGCGAUCAAAGUUUUCUCCGUGGAAUCUCUCUUCACCAAGGAUCAGCAGAGACACCCGGCUGAGUGUCCACGUUAAUCAGCCGGGGAGAGUGGAAACAACAUUCAGACAUGUCCACCACACCUCAGAAGAGGGCGUCGAAGGAGAUGAGGACGAUGAUGAUGAGGACGAUGAUGAACAAGACAUUGACUUGUUUGAUGACCAAUUUCAGAGUGUGCCAUCAGACCCCGUGGAGGCAGAGAAGCUGGAGUUUAAGAAGAUGAAGACGUUGGAGCGGCGAGCCAGGAUGAGUGAAUUACAGCGAUUCCGCAAAGCUCAGUCUAUCCAGAGAAGACUGGAGGAGAUUGAGGUGACCUACAAAGACCUGGAGGACAAAGGUGUGACUCUGGAGCGGACACUGCGAGGAGAGGCUGAACGCAGCGGUUCUCCUGAUAUGAUCGAACAGUGGAUCCAGCUCGUUCAUGAAAAGAAUGCAUUGGUUUCCGAGGAGUCUGAACUCAUGGUGGCGUCUCGACAGCUGGAACUCGAAGACAAGCAGAGCAUGUUGGAGCUGGAGCUCAGGAAAUACAUGGAGAUAAAUGAUAAGACAUCAGAGCAGCAGGCAGAAGAAGAGCGAAUCCUUCAGGAGAUGAUCGAAGUGGUGGACAUGAGGGACUCUCUGGUAUCGUUUCUGGACGAGAAGAGGCAGAAGGAAAUAAGCGAGGAGCAAGAAGCUUUCUGCAUCAUGGAGGCCAAACGGCAAUCAAAGGGAGGAUCUCAGGUUCACUGGGCGUAGGGUGAACCUGCAUGUCCCGCGCUGGUGAUUAUUUCACAUCUUCUGUGUGUGAGACUCGCUGCUUUCAGACUUGAAACCUGAAAUGUACAUUUGAAAAGCCAAAGAUGAUCGAGCUUCGUUAUGGAAAGUAACACACCACAAGCACUCAGUCAGCGGAUAGGAUUUAGUUCAGGCUUGUGAGCCCGGAGGCUCAGAGAGUGUCAGUUGCAAUCCACCCCCUAGAGGGAGACAUAAGCCUGGAGAUCUGAGUCUUUCAGUUGACAUGCCCAGAGUCUGUGCAGCUAAAGUCUGCCUGCCAUAUUGGGGUCAUAGCAACAUAGCCGCAUAGGAAAAAUUAUCUUUAGUGUAUACUGAACUAUUGAACAUCUAUCACACGAAUGAUGAUCAGUGACCAGCCUGGGACUUGGCCUGAUUUACUGUCAGAUAUGUGACUUUAGCACUGAGCCAAGAUAGAGCAGUAUGAAAUCACAGUGGCUGGAAAGCUGCUGUACCUGACUUUGUCUCCUUAGAGAUAGUUCUAGGCUGAUAAUACAGGACAGCUGGUGUUUUUGAAAAUAGAUGUUCAUGUUGAUUUUACUUGUUUCAUCAUGGGGAGUGCUACUGUACACAAACACAUGAUAUCCUAAUUCUAUCUUUAGUAUUUGUAUUACAUAAAUGUGAUGGGAUUGUAAAGAAAAAAAAGAAAAACUAAGUGACAUUUAAACAUUACAAAUAUUCAAACUUUGUUUUUCAUUUCUUUUUGUCGAUGUUGAUGUUUUGUAGCACUUACAGCUGUUCACCGUGUCCUGUCCUGCAAGCACAUUGGAUAGUUAAUCUCAGGGGUUGAUUGUUCAGUCCUUUCGGGUCAGAGUUAGUUUUCCAGUGAUAGUCUUCAAAAGUUGGCUGCACUUUAUUAGUGGAUGUAGUUAAUUCGGGGUAAUUGGGGGGGGGGGGGGGGGCAAAUAUGGACAGAUUUAUCUAUUUAUAAAAACCAAUAUUUAUUAUUUGUAGGUAUUCCUGUCAUUGUGCAGGAUGAAUGGCCAAAAUCUAAACAAAGACCGUUUCUUGUAUAAGUGAAAAGGAGCCUUAUUUAGUCAUUGUCCUGCUGCCAUUUUGUGCUAUCUGGACAGCCAUUCACAGCAUAUCAAAUAAAGUACAUGCACUUUGU